UUGGGGCUCUGGUCGGGUGACAGCUUCUGACAGCUGGCAGGCGCCCGGGGCUAGAGGUGGCGCGUCCUCUGCCCUCUAGUCUGCGAACCGGGACGGCUUUCCAGGGCCAGCCGCUGGCGGGAUGGUGAUUUGGGACAACGGGAGCACAGCGUUGCCCCCACCCCUGGCGCCAAACAUCAGCGUGCCCCAUCGCUGCCUGCUGCUGCUCUAUGAAGACAUUGGCACGUCCAGGGUCCGGUACUGGGACCUCUUGCUGCUCAUCCCCAAUGUGCUCUUCUUCAUCUUCCUGCUCUGGAAGCUUCCGUUUGCUCGGGCCAAGAUUCGUAUCACCUCCAGUCCCAUUUUUAUCACCUUCUACAUCUUGGUGUUCGUGGUGGCGCUGGUGGGCAUCGCCCGGGCUGUGGUGUCCAUGACAGUGAGCACCUCAGACGCUGCUACAGUUGCUGACAAGAUCCUCUGGGAGAUCACCCGCUUCUUCCUGCUGGCCAUCGAGCUGAGUGUGGUCAUCCUGGGCCUUGCCUUUGGUCACCUAGAGAGCAAGUCCAGCAUCAAGCGGGUAUUGGCCAUCACUACAGUGCUGUCUCUGGCCUACUCUGUUACCCAGGGCACCCUGGAGAUCCUAUACCCUGAUGCCCACCUCUCUGCGGAGGACUUCAACAUCUACGGGCAUGGGGGCCGCCAGUUCUGGCUGGUCAGCUCCUGCUUCUUCUUCCUGGUCUACUCGCUGGUGGUCGUCCUCCCCAAGACCCCGCUGAAGGAACGCAUCUCCCUGCCCUCGCGGAGGAGCUUCUACGUGUACGCCGGCAUCCUGGCACUGCUCAACCUGCUGCAGGGGCUGGGCAGCGCGCUGCUGUGCUUCGACAUCAUAGAGGGGCUCUGCUGUGUGGACGCCACCACCUUCCUGUACUUCAGCUUCUUCGCGCCGCUUAUCUACGUGGCCUUCCUGCGGGGCUUCUUUGGGUCAGAGCCCAAGAUCCUCUUUUCCUACAAAUGCCAAGUGGAUGAGACUGAGGAGCCAGACGUGCACUUGCCCCAGCCCUACGCCGUGGCCCGGCGGGAGGGUCUGGAGGCACCAGGGGCCGCUGGGCCCUCAGCCGCCUGUUACUCGAGCACACAGUUUGACUCGGCUGGUGGGGUCGCCUACCUGGAUGACAUCGCCUCCAUGCCCUGCCACACCGGCAGCAUCAACAGCACAGACAGUGAGCGCUGGAAGGCCAUCAAUGCCUGAGAGGGCCGCCUGGGUUGGACGGCCUGAUGGGGUCUGUGGAGGACAGUCCAGAGAAGAGGCCAGCAGGCCCAGAGUCCCUGGGGGAGGAGGGUGAGGUUGCAGGACCUUCGGUGGGUGGCAAUCCUGUACUGACCCUCUCUGUACCCUGAGUAUGGAGACUUCUUCCCCACUUGGGACCCCAGUUCCCUUUGGCCACCUCUCCUCUUGCUGGGCACCCUCCUGACCCUUCCAUCUGCCCUCAACCUGCUCAGCCACACACUCCUGACUGACCUCCCAGGGCCAAGAUGUGGGCACCUCCUCUCUCUGCUGCCCUGGUGUGCAGGGCUAGCCUGGUCCUCCUCACCCCUCUGCCCCCUCCCCAUGGCACUUUGGCCUUUUCAAAGCCCACCAUGAUUAAAGUGUAUAUAUUUUCUUGAUCUAUUUUUUAAUAAAAAGGAAAAGGAGCAGAGGUA